CGUCUCUCCUCGUCGCUGCCGCUCGAAAAUAGAAUCCCUCCGACAACAUGCAUUUUCGUAUCAACGCUUCAACGCUGUUCUCGUUGUAUCUGUUGCUGAACGCAACCUCGGCUUUCGCGAACGACCGCAAAGCGCAGCAGAACGAGUCGCAGGACCGAACAGCGAAUCUGCUGGAAGACUUCUUCGAGGAGGCCCCCAGCGAAAACGAGUUCGCCGCGGAAUCUGCCACGACCACCGUGUCCUCGACCAGCGACGCCAAGCCCGAACAGUUCAAAAUCGUGAUCACCGAAGAGAAAAACAUCUCCCGGCAGUUCACGCCGAGCACUCACCUAGGGGAGAUCACGGAGCCGAGGACAAGCGCGAAUCUGUUCAACAACGUCCAUCACAUCAAAUUCGAGAACGAAGUCGACUCCGGCAUCCAGCAGCAGCAGCAGCCGUUUAAGAACGUCCAGCUGGUCUACGAGCCGGUCAAUCAGCCGAUCGGAACGGACCACGUGAAUCAUCAGCGUUACCAGAAUCAUCAGGGUCUACAGAACUUCUUCGAGGCUUACGCCGGAUCGACCGAAGAGGGCAAGAAGGGUGAAAACGUGCCGAGUAACUACGUGAAAUUCCAGGACAGCCCUGUCGAAGUUCCGCGGGUUCAUUACGUCUAUAAGAAUCAACCUCUUCAACAUCAGUUCGUUCAUCCGAUCGUGGAAAAUGCCGCGGCCUACCCCGCCGGCCUUGGUCAGCAGCAGGCUCUGCAGGGCUUCGAGAAGCCGGCAAACCUGCAGAACUGGCCCGUAAUUUUUGGCAAACCGUCCAAGUUUCAGAUCGACCCGCAGAAGUAUGAAUUAGGGGGCUAUUCGAGCGCGGAGACGUCGAGGCUGCCGUAUCUGGGCGUCCUUCCCGAGCACCAGAACCAACGGCCCGACCUCCAGGAUGCGACCACGCUGAAGAAACCGAAUGACGGAGUCGUUUAUGUCCAGGAGUCCACCUUCUUGAGGACCAGGAAGUUCCCUUACACGUUUUACCAGCCGGAAGUCGGAUACCAUCAGAUUGAGUUCGUGAACGAUGAUCAGAUGAUGUUCCCAGAUAGAAGGAGAGUUUCACCAUGGAGGAAGAUCCUGCAUUUGAUUGGCGCGUUUCUGCCUUUCGGCUUGCUGCUCGCCGCGUUGACACCGAGCGUCGUCAGGGUCGAAAAUGUCACCCAGCCCAACAUCGUCCUAUCGAAAUGGAGGGUCGCUGACCUGCCAGUGGAGCACAAGCAGGCACGAAUUGCUGAGGGACACACGAACGUCUGCGAGGAGAGAUCAAUCUGCGAGCUGAUCUCGGCCGGCGGCAGGCCUGGAUCGAGCGUGUUGCAGAACCUUCUAUGGAACCUAGCUACUGGGACGUCUUCUCGAGUGGCCAAUGAGAACGGUCUCCAGGACGUGUUCGAGGCGGUGAAGAGGAAGGACUGCACGAAAUUAGCUUGCCGACGUUAAUUUCUCUCUCGUAAUUAGAAAUCGCGGCGAACGCGCGGGGCCACGGCCGAGGAAAAAUCGAGACGCCGCGCGCGCGUCCGAUGAAAUCGAGGUUGAGAAUCCCAGGAAGAGACGGCUCGCUUUUUUCGGUGUUAAUUUCGCGCGAUCGGACGUUGGAAUCGUUAGCUGGGAGCUUCCGGUCGCAACUUCUGGUCCUCUCGAUGGAACGGCGGCCGAGAGAAAAAGGGACGAGGAAAGUAUCCGAAACGGCUCGGGAAAGGGCGGGGAUGGCCAGAUGAAGAGAUUAUUCGGGAAUUCUUCGAAUGAGUCGCGUGUGCGUCUGGCCGGAGCAAGUGAAAGUAGUUGACGAAGAAGUGGGUCGAUGUUAUUCUAUGCCGCCUCGACCCAGGAAUUUAUGUCUCCGCGAUGAGAUACGGGUUAUCGGCGACUGCAGCGAGCUUUCACGUGCAUCCCGUGCAUGCACUCGCCGCCGCCGCGCGAACAACAACCGUCAAGAUAUCGAGAUCCUCCCGUGAAAAUCCAUCCCCGCCCCGGGCCCCGCCUGUACUCCUGUUGUUCCCGUUUCGAGCGAUUUCGACGCUGGAAAAGUGAGCCGUUUGAAAACGAAAUUGAUAAAUCAUCGUACGAAACUUUCCCUCUAAUCGUUCGACAACCGUGCUCGGAGGAGCGGCUUGCAACUUCGCGGUCAUUUAUGCGUCAAGAUUUUAUUAUCUCAUAUUAACGUGUAGCCUGUCAAAUUUCUGAUCCGAUCGCAUGGGAUUUGUUGUAAUUUUAACGGCUUGUUAUUUAUCACCAGCGAAGUUCGAAUGCGCUUUACAUUGUUCCUUGCGUUGAUGAAAUUGCAAAACAGUGGAAUGAAUUUAUGGAUACUGGUACAUUGUUAUUGGCUUAGUGAAAUCGUUGGGGGAUGAAAUAAGUUUCCGUUCGACUACAAUUUCCUGCGAACUACAUGCGAAAUAGGUUUAUUUUCCAUAAACAUUCACGAAACUGGAAUACAUUGCAAAUGCGUAUAAUUCCGAUUAAAAAGACAUCUCCUUUAGUUUCAGAUUAUGGAAUUGACUCAACGUAAUCAUGUACUUUAUUAAUAGCGAAAGAAUAUCGAAUAUUACCGAGCUUGUUUAAGUCGCAAUUUAACGAUUCUAUUAUUUCAUAUUUGUAUUAUUUUACAUUUGUGUUAUCGUGAUUUCAAUGCUAAAACAGGAAGAGUUUAAAGUGAAAAUUAAUAAACGAUUCUUCUGAA